UCGGCAUCUGCCAGGCCAUUUUAUCUCAGGUGUUUGAUGCCCCCGCCAUGGCUUCGCUGUCAUGGCUGCCGUCCUCCUUCGGCGUUUCGGCGGCCAUGUGGGUGGUGAAGGUGUCCGACUUCCUCGCCUUCGAUAUGGUGUACUGCCACGAGGAGUUGCUAUCGAAGAACCUUGUGGUUCGUCGUCAGGAGGGCUUCUUCUGCAUCUUCGUGUCCCACCAGUGGCUGGGCAUCCGUCAUCCGGAUCCCGAGCGCCAGCAGCUGCAGGUGCUGCAGGCCGCCCUGCGCUUCCUCAUGGCAGGCGGAGAGGUGGGUUUGGACAUCCGCGACACCGUCUUCACCUCGCGGCAUUGCUUCAGCGAGCAACGAGCUCGUCUCAAGGAGGCCUACAUCUGGAUGGAUUGGUUUAGCAUCCCGCAGCGCGAUCUCGGCGCAAUUCUCGCCGACCCCGACGAGCAGGAGAAGGUGAAGACGUCCCAGUGGACUGCCCAUGCCCUUCCCAGCUUCGGCCAGGAGGACUUCAUUCAAAAGAUCCCUGACUUCGUCGAGAUGUCGGACUUGUUUGUGGUUGUGGCGCCGCGGUGCACGCACAGCGUCACCAAAGCCCGCUGUGGCUUUGGGACCUGGUCGCAGAGGGGCUGGUGUCGGCUAGAGCUGUGGUGCAAGAUGAUGUCUGCACACACGCGAACACCAGCUGUGGUGAUCUCAGACGUCGACAAGACCCAGUUCCUCGUGCCGUUGUGGUGGACCGACCAGCCACCGCAUGAAGGCAACUUUACCCAUGAGUCCGAUAGAGCUCCAGUGGUGCAGGUUAUGAAGGACCUAUUGCUCACCAAGAUUCAAUCUUUGAAGAGCUCCCAGAACCUGGAUGUCUACCGCUACUACGUCGCCCGCUUUGACACUCUGCUUGGCCAAACUCCUCGCCAGCGCACUCUUGAAGGAUUCCUGCAAGACUUUGAGUUCAAGUCCCUGGACUGUGCCAAGAAUUCACGGGGCAUCUCCGCCAUCGCCUGUGCUACCCUUGCGGGUGACGCGAACAUGAUUUCUCUCCUUUGCGAUGCUGGGAUGGACGUGAACAGGCGUAGCUGUGCAAUUCCAGAAGUCUACAUCCACGAAAAAGUGGCGCCAGUGAUGCUCGCAGCAGCUCUUGGGUGGCGCCAAGAUGAUGUUAUCACAACCCUCGUGGAGCGGAAGGCGGAUAUGAAAGCUGCGACCGCCUCCGGUCAUCCUUUAUUGGGAUGGUGCAAGUCAGCAAAAACAGUUGACUUCUUGAUCUGGCACCGCGCUGAUGUGAACCAACAAAGCGGCUUGGCCGGCUUCCCGCCCCUCACGGUGGCCUGCUUCCUUGCCGCGCCCACGCCGGUCAUCCGCACGCUGCUGAAGCACGGCGCGGCCGCGAAUCCGCGUCCAGGCCGCGUUGGCUGCAUCCAUCCCUUGGCAAGCGUGGCCUACCGCGCGACGAUGAGUACUAACAGCUUGGAGGUGGCGGCUAUGCUUUUGGAUGCCAGGGCCGACGUCAACAUCCAGUACCACAGUUCGGGGAUCCUGCGUGCCGCCGAGUUGAUCAGCAGGGCAGCUAGGGCUUGCGGCCAAAGUUCCCCGGGCAUGCAGAUCGUGUCCGAGUGGAGUACAACACCGGUGGGGUUUGCUUGCUUCUUCGGCUGCCCUGAGCUGGUGGAAAUGCUGUUGGAAGCACGAGCGGACCUUGACAUUCCCAACGAGCGCAAGAAUACUCCCUUGCACCUGGCUCGAUCCAGGUCGGUCCAGGAUCUCAUCCAUCACCACCAGAACACCUUUUCCAUUUGACGGCCCCGUACUUUGCCUUCUGCCAUUGCGCCGGAGGGGUCGGAUCAUUCACAGCUCUGUCCGCGCAUGACUCCGUCGAUUGCUGCAGCUAAGGUUGUCCAUGGUUGGCUCAUUCAGUCCCCCAAAAGUUGCA